AUGGACCAAGUCCAAAGACUUCAGAGAAAGGCACUCAUGGAGGACCUAUUCUAUCUUCUGUCGGGCUUUGACACCUCCAGCACUUUUCUGGCCGACAACCCACCAUCCAUCAGCUGCACCUCGUAUGACUUGAGCUGCUUCUUGCCUUUUGAGUUUCUCAUUUUCAAAAUUAGGGAGUUCUACAAGGUUGAGCCAUUCGACGGCUUCGUACAAAGCUAUCUGAAGAAGCUUUCAGGCCUGAAGAACAAGGUCGAGAGCACCGAGGAGCUAUUUGUAAGUCUGCAGGAGGAGUUCCAGUUGUUCAGGGAUUUAGACAGGAUAUACAACGUGGCGCUUAAGAAUCCCAGUGAUUUUCCGUUCUCAGCAAAUAGGAAAAACCUGGCGGAUGUCAGUAUUGAUGUUCUUAGGGGCUUUCAGAGCCAGGAAACAGCAGAAAUCAUGAGCUGCAUUAACAGGUGGAUUAACCAGGCAGACCCCACAGCCCUGGUUGAGGUCAGGAUACCCGAGGAGUUCACGACAUCCCACUGGAAAGACAUGUUUAAGAUCAAGGCAAUUAACUUGGGAAGGUGCAGCUGGAGGGCAUAG